AUGGAAUGGGAACCGCGAAAGAACUCAUUCUAUAUCAUAUUAAAUGACACGUUACGACAUUCAGAUCGAGAACAAUUACUACUUCCGUGGUUCAAAUUUUUAAAGCUUUUUCUAACAGCUCUUUCAAAACUACCAUUAGCUGGUCAUCGAACUAUCUAUCGAGGAGUCAAAUUAGAUUUGCGAGAAAAGUACAAUGAAGGCACACAAAUUGUUUGGUGGGGAUUCUCUUCGUGUACAACAACUGUUAAAGUUCUUGAAAACGAUUCAUUUUUUGGAAAGCGUGGCACAAGAACUUUAUUCGCUAUUGAAUGUGACACAGGAAAAGAAAUUCGUGAGCAUUCAUUCUAUCGAAAGGAAGAUGAAAUACUUCUUCUUCCUGGUCGAGAAUUCGAAGUCGUUUCUUCGGUGUACAUGGGUCAUAAACUAACAAUGAUUCAACUCAAAGAAAUCGUACCCCAAUUUCCGAACAUAGCUUCUAUUAUAUCAUCGAAAUAUCCAGCGAUAGCUCCUAGCCUCACCACUAUCGUGCCAGUCACUGAAACAGAAGGACCAAAACCAGCUCUUCAAUUCGAGACUGUAAUACAAUCGAUGAAAGCUUCUUAUAAAAGCAAGAGUAUAACCGAUGCAGACAUCGAACGUGCUAUGGAGGAUGCACUCGUACAACAACAAUGUAUAGAACUCGAUUUAUCUUGGAACGAGAUUACACAUGAAGGUGUUGCAAAGUUAGCUAAGAAGCUACGAAAUAAUACAACACUCACUGCACUCAACCUUCAGGCCAAUCGAAUUGAUACUAUUGGAGCACAACAUCUGGCUGAUACAUUACAAUAUAAUAACACGCUCACGACACUCGAUCUUUACAACAAUCAAAUUGGAGACAAUGGAGCACAACAUCUAGCUGAUGCAUUACGAAAUAAUAAAAUACUGACGACACUAGAUCUGGGCGCCAAUGGAAUUAAAACUCUUGGGACACAACACCUGGCUUCUGCAUUACAAAAUAAUACAACACUCACGACACUAGAUUUCACAGGCAACCAAAUAGGACACAAAGGAGUGCAACAUCUAGCUGAUGCAUUACAAAAUAAUACGACACUCACCACACUAUAUCUCGGUGGCAAUCAAAUCGGAAUUCUCGGAGCACAAUAUCUGGCUGAAGCAUUACGACAUAACACGGCACUCACCACAUUAUAUCUAGGUGGUAAUCAAAUUGAAGCUUUCGGAGCACAACACUUAGCUGAUGUAUUUAAGAAAAAUACGACACUUACCACACUAGAUCUAAUAGGCAAUCAAAUUGGAGACAAAGGAGCACAAUAUUUGGCUGAUGCAUUACAACAAAACAUGACACUCACUACACUCAACCUUCAAGUCAAUCUCAUCGGAGAUAAAGGAGCACGACGUCUGGCAGAUGCAUUAAUAAAUAAUACAACACUAACAACACUCGAUCUCCACAAUAAUCAAAUCAAAGAGAAGCUUGAAUAUCGUUUGAAGGAACUGAUAGAGCGGAAUAAACAACGAACAAAAUCAUGA